CCUCGUACGAAAUUAAAACCUGGAAAAGAUCUAAUGGCCAAAUGAAUCCUAAGAGAUCUUAAAGUCAUAAAUCUUAUCACUGAAUCUCUGGUAAAAACAGCAGACAAUUAUUUUACUGGAAAUUGCGAAUGGAAAAACGUUACACGCUCCGACAUGGUUCUUGAGCCAAAGACGGCUCUCUCAGAUCUCUCUCCUCUAAUCGUGGAGAUUCAGCAUACAAUUAACAAAGCAUUCAUAAAAAGAGCUGCCAACUAUUGCUUACAAGCGUCUACAAGAUACCAUAGUGAUCCUAUAAUAUUGAUUAUUUGCGUAGAGAAGCUUAAUCAAGGCACACACAAACAUGUGAAACUAAGCAAGCUCCCAGGUGUCUUCUCAUACUUUUCACAACUAUGGGCCGAACACUGCUACAUUAUUUCUGAAGAAAGUGUCAAAGAUAAUUUUUCGACCCUCCUGAACCCAUUAAUUGCACUUGGUUCUUUUUUUACAAACCGUAGUCUCUCAUUAACAGACCAUCCAUUCAAAAAUGAUCCAGUAAUUCAAUAUUUAUACACCUCAACAAUAUUCCAACAUCAAUUUAACAUCAUUAACAAAGAUAUACCACUUUCAAUUAUGGAUUUUCAACUUGUGGAAUAUGAUAGAUUAUUGACACUCGCAUAUUCACUUAAGCAACCACAGUUGGGAGAAGCCGUAAACGAUGCAAAGUCAAGAACUCUGACGAUGAAAAGGAAAUAUGAAGAACUAUUUACUGCAAAAUCUUCAUCAAAUAAAAAACUACAGGCGUCCCGCAACUAACAACAUCCACAGCCACCACCACAGUUGACAGAAACAAUAACAUGUAUGACGAAGCCAUGGAAUUUGCCGCUGAAUAUUUAAACAAAAGAAAGUGGAGGAAGGGAAAAGGAUGGAUUGGGCCACUUGUCUUAAAGAAGG